CACUUCGUCAGUGGCAAAGAGUACCUUGUCAACGCACGCAGCGUAACUGAAGUAAUUUUGGACGUCGUACCGACAGGCAAUGAGUGGAAAUAGCGAAAAAACUGAACAAGAUAACGACAUUAGCAUUUCUCUAUCUAAAGUGAACAUUUGUAAUAACUCAUCGAGGCGCAGCUCAGUUAUACAAGCCAUUCCAGAUUUACAACCAGCGCAGGCGAAGACGUCUAAAUGGGCACUUGUGGCGCAGAAACUUAAUCAUACAAAAAGAUCAAAAGAAGUAAAAAAACGUCGGAGUAGUAACGUAGAUCUCGCAAAUUCCCUGGAUGGCAGACGUGGAAGAAAUGAUCUAGUCGACAAACUUGUUGAAAGCCUAAAAAAGUCUGCCGGUGAUGAAACAGAUCAUUCAGAACAAGAAAUUGCAAAUUCAAGCGGGCAAAGUGACGACACUGAUUGCCUGUGUCUAUCACGCCUUUCAAGCUACAGAAAUGUAUUUCGACUUUCCGAAGUGAUAGGAAGAGAACUGAAGAUAGAUCCUCUACAAAGGUUCAGACGCAUCGCUCAUCUUGUCAGGCUGUUGGUGAGAGUAAAAUUGCUCUAUCAGAGAUUCUGUUGUAAAGGUUCAUCUCUGACAGUUGCAGUUGAAGAAAUGAUUGAGGACAAGAUUGAUAACGCAAAAGUCGAGACAAUUUUUGAUCCUCUUGAUUUCAAAGCGUUGAAAGAGGUUCCUCUAACUAAAGAUGCGAUAUAUUUGCUCUCAUUGAAUCCAUCAAGUCGCACAAGUGAACAAAUUCAAACGGCAAUGAAGGCUGUGAAGGCAAGUGUUCCUGCCUUUAACGAAUAUCCAUUGAAAAUGCAAAGACAGCUUAUUUCAGUUUGUUGGUAUGAAAGAUUCGAGGAAGGUCGAAUGAUAAUACGUCAAGGUCACCAAGCCGAGUGCUUUUACUUUAUUCUCUCAGGGAUUGUCUUGAUCAAUAAGACGUUUUACAUAAGGCAAGAUGGUAAAGAGAGGACAAAAAGAGUUGCUCGUUUAGGAAAAGGGGCCAGCUUUGGGGAAUUGGCUUUGUUGCAUCACAAAUGCAGAAACGCAACCGUGGUUUGUAAAGACGACGUAUCGUUGUUAGCUGUAGGGCAAAAGGAUUUCUGUGAUAUAUUUAUGAGUGAAGGCGAAAGGAAGGAGCCAGAACACAUAAGUUACCUAAAGUCAGUUUCUUACCUAAAGGACCUUCCCUUGAAUGAACUAAGUAAACAAAGAGAUGCUUGCCUAUUUCAUUAUUUCAGGCGAGGUUUAGUUAUGGUGAACAACAGUGAGUCCGACUGGAUUUACAUCGCGAAAACGGGAUCAUUUCGAGUUUUAACGAAGAUAAUGAAACGCAGACUAGAUUCAAAACGGCCCAACACUCACAUACCAUUACCAUUGACGAAUGACUUCCCACUGAUCUCUAUGAGUGAAGCUGAACGGAUGAGAACCAUCAGUAGAGAAUACCGCUCGAGGCCAAAUGCAGGACUGCCGCCCCUUACAGCAACAUCGGAGGUUAAAGCGCGUGAUCAAAAAUUGCCAAAUCAAGCAACAAUAAAAGCGGACAGCAAACAUGGUGGGAAAGGCAGGUACAUUGUGGUACAAGUUGAAGUGUUGAAACCUAAAGACCAAUUUGGCCUAUCGUCGCUGCUGUUCAACUCGAAAUCUGUUCAAUGCCAUCUGGUAAGCAAUGGUGGAGAAUGCAUCCUUAUCUCCAAAGAAUGGUUAUUGAGGCACGCAAGUGAAACCACACUAAGAAAAAUGAGGGCCCAGAUCCCUCCAUACCCAAGUCAGGAAGAAUUGCAACAGCGUCUGGUAGAUCAAGCUAACUGGAACUUCUAUAAAAGUCAAACACUUAAUGACAUUUUACAGACUUAAAGGAUGAUUAUCGAUGCCGGUUUAGUGGUCUAUACAUAGCGUAUUUUUUAUACGCGAGUAUAUAAUCCUACGAAAUGUGCUAUACGUGCCAAAUUAUAUAAAGUAAACCUUCUUUUCGUUGACAAAGCAGUCAGUUGGACAAAGCGGGCACAGAUUCUUCUUUAUCGAGAACAAAGCAAGAAUGGUAAUGAGUGAUGAUCGUAAUGAGUGAUGAACUCUGGUCUAUUUCUUUUUGAAAGUUUCGUACAAGAAUGUAGUCAACCCACCUGCCAGCAACGAAACCAAACAGAGCAUUCAGUAAAGGAGAUAUCAACUUGCAAAAACCUCUUGAACAUCUGAACAAACUGCAGUAAAGCGUACGGUUAGUUGUCAAAGUGCGAUGAAGGAUACAUGUGAAACGUGUGCGAUGAGAAAACAAGCGAUCUAACCCAUUCCAAAGAAAGUUGAACACAAAGCGAAGAAAGCUCGCGACCUUAUCAGUUCACUGGACCUCAACUAUUCAGACAUCCUAUAGGUCCUUUCGAAGUGGCUCGGUUUAAGUGCAUGGAAAUACGCAGUUACAUUCGUCGACGAAUACACGCAGUCGAAUUACGCAGUCGAAGUGCGUAGUCGUUAAGAACAUCAGGCACAAAUUUAUAUAUAUUAGUACAAAAAUAAUCUUUAGUUGCACUUCUGAUAAUACGUAUUAUGUUCUGAACUAAACAAAGAAUAAAUAGUA